AUGCGUGACCAGUUGGGUGUAUGUGUGGCCUUGGAAAAUGAAAAGAAGGGGACGGAUUUGGGACUCAGUGAAGGGUCCUCAUCCCAACACCCUCGCACACCAGUGUUUCGCCUCCCUGUGUGCCCAUUCAAUCCGACGCACCUCUGCUUGAUUGACUUGGUCCUCCUCCUCCUCCUCCUCCUCCUCCUCCUUACCACCUUAAUCCGACCAACUCACCCAUGUGCCUGCUUUACGCAGUGGCAGGAGUCUGUGCGUCUGGUGGACAAACUAUGCGAUGACGGUCGAGUGAAUUUGGAAGCCACCUUCCUCAAUUGCAGCACACCUCGCUUAUCUCCAAUCGCAUCUCCAUCUCACAUGACGCACGGUGGAGGAUCGAAGACACUACACAGUGGCACUAACGUGGUGGACACGAAGGGCAGAGGUGGGGUGAGGAUUGUGCGUCGUCAAAAAGAAGGGAGAGGGAAAGAGGAAGAAGAGGAAGAGGAGGAGGAGGAGGAGGCGAAAUGGGUGUGGGUGGAUGGAGACCAUCAACUGAUGUUUGUGGUGGGUGCUUGA